UCGCAUCUGCAGGUCGUUCCGAAUUUUGAUGAAGCAACCGCACGAAUACGAUCACCACCUUUCUCCGCAACUGGAUUAAGCACUCUAUCAUAGUGGUUAUCCCUGCUCUCGCUUCCCCAGAUUUGCUAUUGAGGCGCUCCGCAGACCUUUCGCCCUCUCAGCAUCCUACGGUAGAUUAGGUGGACGCGGAGGAUGGCUGCAGUGACACCCGAGAUCGUCUGCCACGCUUUUGGGUGGUCGCACACGUUGGCUCCCUUCAAAGAAUCUCAAUAACUCAAAGCAAGACAUGCCUGCCGCUGUCAGAUGGCUCCCGCCUACUCCACCCUCGACAAAUCUAGAGGACCUGACUUACAACAAGGGGCCUUUCUUCCUUGUCAUUGUCGCUACGCUGGUCUCAAUCGCGCUGUUGAUCUUCUUGCUAAGGGUCUACACUCGUAUCAGACUUCUCCGCUUCUUCGGCAUCGAUGACUGGCUCAUGCUGGUCGCUGUGGUCUGUGCAUCGGGGUCCCUGGCAACCUUCAGCGUGCUUGUAAAUCUCGGAUUUGGGAGCAAGCAUAGCGAGCCAGUUCCCAUUAGAAGCAUGCUAGCGAUGGGUUCUUACCUAUGGUGCUUCGCCCUUCUUAUGGUUGUCGGGAUCAGUUUCGUCAAGCUCUCAGUAGCCUUCUUCCUGCUCCGUGUCAUUCAUGGGAAGUACUUACGACGGACUUUAUACGACAUGAUUUGUACUCUCAUAUUCUUGACCCUAGUCUGGUUCACAACUCUCCUCUUUCAAUGCAUUCCAAUCGCUGCGGCUUGGGAUCCGCGCGUUCGAUCACAAGCACGUUGCAUGUCUCACGUCACGUACAGGAACUUAGGACUCUUUAACAGCUCGAUCAAUGUCGCCACUGAUCUGGUUCUCUCGAUUCUUUCCUUACUCAUCAUAUGGAGACUCCGCGUAAGUCAUCGGACUAAGAUCGCGCUCAUACCCGCGCUCAGUUUGGGCUUCAUCGCCUGUGCCGCAUCCAUCGUUCGAAUACCCCUGAUAUACGACAUGUGGAACGCGGAAGACCCCUUUGUCAAUAGCGCGUCGUUAUGCAUUUGGAGCGUCAUCGAAAUGGCGACCGGAAUGAUCGCAGCCUGCCUUCCUGCUCUCAAGCCGCUUCUUACGACCGUCCAAACCUUCUUCUCGAAUAUUACGUUCCCACCGCUGCCGCAUGCUCCCGCGGAACCAACGGACCGCUCCGAACCAUCUUCACCGCAGCCUCAACAGUCAACCUUCUUCUCGCUCCGCAACUUCUCGCUCACCAGGCCAAAACCCGCCUGCUUUCCAACCCGCUACUACGACCACGGCUCAGGUCUAGACUUUGAUCUCGAGACCCCACGAUCUCGAACCCGCACACAUAGCCGGCACCCUUCCAAUUUGACUGCUUUCUCCAACUUCACAAAUACACACCUGGCAGCGCCAUUUGAAGACGAGCGACCCGCCUCCCGCGCACGAACAUGCAGCAAGGGCUUGAGCGACAUGGACGAUGACGCGACGGACCUCAGGACUGGCUAUGCGGUCAGCAUCACAAGCGGCGAGACGCCAUAUGACGGGGGUGAAGAUGCGAAGAGUAUUAGGAGGGUGGCAAGUAGUGCCGAGAGCAGCGUGGACGAGGAAAGCUCUGGGGCUGCGUCUGGAGGAAUUAUGAAGACCACAGAGGUGAGGAUAACUUGAGCGACAGGCAACUCGUCGGCGGAAAACCUAGCCCGAAGGCCUUCAGUAAACUGGACAGUGUUUUCGGGGGGUCGCGCCAGGGUGUUUCAGAUGCGGAAUAUCUUGCAGAGGACUGGGGGAACGACUUGGUAGGGUCGACUUCCCAAAGGUGGAGUAGCUUGCCCCGACCUGGCUAUAUGGUGGAGCAGCGUCAC